GUUUGAAAUAAAAAAAAUAUUAAAAAAAAAAAAAUUGAAAGCAGAGAGAAAUAGCAACAACAGCAAAACAAUUAAUUUAAACAAAGUGAAACGUUCCUUAUUGAGUUCGGCAUUAGAACAGCUUUUUAGCUUGUUAAAUGAAUGAUAUUUGAAACAAAAGUUAAUUGAAAUUUGAGAAACCCAAAAGUGCCCUACAACAAACAAAUACGAAAUCAAAUAUCGGUUCCGCACAGUGCCUUAUAGAUUAUGUCCUCUGAUCGUUGGGAAACCAUUAAAUUGGAACAGAAUGGCAAGAAACAAGCCUCGGACAAAAUAUGCUCAGGUCUGGACAGGUCUCAAAAAAAGGAGAAGAAAACGAAGCCCUUGGGCGAGCGUCGCAAAGCGGUGUGGCGCCAACAACUGAUGGUGCUGCUCGGCAAUACUGGGGUCAUGGGAGCCGGCAUGGCUGUGGCCCUACCCUCAGUAACGCUGGGUCAAUUGACGGAUGAAAAUGAGGAAUUUUGUCUCUCCCAGGAGGAGGCCAGUUGGUUUUCCUCCAUCAACACCAUGGCAUGUCCUUUGGGAGGUCUUCUGGUCGGACUGCUAAUGGAUCGUAUCGGCCGUAAAAAUACCAUACUAGUCACAGAUAUUUGUGGUGUCCUGGGCUGGGGCCUAUUGGCCACAGCCUCACUGCACAACGAACGCUCAGCGAUAUUCAUACAAAUGUUAAUUGGUCGUUUUAUUUCAGGUAUCAUGAUCGGUUUGUGUGUUUCUCCUGUGGGUGUUUAUUCGGCGGAAAUCAGUCUUCCCCGCAUCCGAGGACGUCUCAUUUUGGGCACAUCGAUUGGCCUGGCAGCCGGCAUACUCUUUAUGUAUGUUCUGGGAUAUUUUAUACGGAAUGAUUGGCAGCUAAUAUCGAUCAUAUCCACUGUACAUCAAGUCAUCUCGACGCUGUGUGUUCUGCCCAUGCCGGAAACGCCAAGUUGGCUAAUGCAAAAUGGUUACACCGAGAAGGCGAGGCGUUCGCUGAAAUAUUUUCGGGGCCUAAAUAAAAACGAUGUUUCGUAUUGUGAGGAAUUUGAAAAUGAAUUGAAUCAAAUAAAGCGGACCUCGGAACAAAGUCGCAACACGGCCCAAAGUGAGUCGUUGUGGCAGGCUGUGAAGGCGCCUGAGGUGUACAAACCUCUGCUGCUGAUGAUUGGUUUCUUUGCCUUCCAGCAGUGUUCCGGUGUGGUGGUGGUUGUGGUCUUUGCCGUACAAAUCGCCACAAGGGCGGGGGUGUCCAUUGAUCCGGUGCUGUGCGCAGUGAUGGUGGGUGUGGCCCGCAUCAUCACCACCUUCUUCAUGAGCACAAUAUUCGAGAAAUGGGGCCGAAAACCGGCCGGUAUUAUUUCAGCCGCUGGCAUGACGGUGUGUAUGUUGCUCUUGGCUGCCUCGGGCUGGUUUCCCGAACCCUUUGCCAAGGCUCCGCCAUUGCCGGUGGUCUGCAUUGUUCUCCACAUUGUGUUUUCCACAAUGGGCCUGCUGACCCUGCCCUUUUUCAUGAUCUCGGAGGUGUUUCCCCAACGUGUUCGAGGCAGUGCUUCGGGCUUCUCCGUUAGUUUUGGUUUGAUUAUUUCAUUUGCUGUCAUCAAAAUCUAUCCCACCAUGGAGGCUGUCAUGGGUACGGCAAAUGUGUUCGCCUUCUAUGGUGCCGUUUCGGCGAUAGCAGUGCCUUUUAUUUGUUUCCUCAUACCGGAGACAAGAGGUCGAACUCUGUUGGAAAUUGAAGAAUAUUUCAAAACUGGACGAAUGCCGUUGCCCAAUGAAAUGGCGGCGCUGGGUAAGCCACAUAAAAAUCUGGCCCAUGAUGAGGAUGCCGGUGACGAUGAGGGGUGCAAUGAAUCAUUUCUCAAAAGUACCUAGGAGUGGUGAAAAGUACCCCCGUCUCAGGCUGGGGAUGAGGGGUAUUUUAUAUUCGGUUAAGUACUUAAUACGAAUUUGGAUUCCAAAGAGGUCAUGCAGCAGCAGCAACAACACCAAUACCAACAACAACAAC